UGGGAUGAUGUUCGGGAGUACCUUUGCCCUUGAACCCCUUGAAGCCUUGCAUGCAUAUAUCGGUCAGUGUCACUCGGCGAUCCGUGCUUAUCACGCUGCUUUCUAGCCGUCUGGGUUCUGUGAGCGUCUUGUAGGUCUUGUAGCAGUGGGGUGCAGUUAAACUUGGAACGUUACAGGUGUUCUCGAAGAAUGUUCUCCGAUUACGGACAGGAAUGCAUAGUGUCGAUUUCGUCGUGGGAUUCAUUUAAAAUACAUCUAUUAUCAUUCACAUGUGGAUUCUGGGUUAUUUUGAAAAGGUUAGCACAAUGGGCAUGGAACCCAAAUGGAUUUUUUUCGUUGCAAAGAAGGGAAGCCCCGCCCCCAUGCCUAGUAGAUUCUGCAUUAGGGCGACAUUCAUAUGUGAAGCUGAAGGGAGUUAAGCUGCAUUAUGUGGAAUCAGGAGACAAGGACAAUCCACUCCUGCUUCUUUUGCAUGGGUUUCCUGACUGUUGGCUUAGUUGGAGGUACCAGAUUCCGAUAUUAGCACAACAUUAUAGAGUGGUAGCCCUUGAUCUGAAAGGGUUUGGUGAUUCAGACAAGCCAAUGUGGAGACGUAGUUAUCGUGUUGACACCUUAUUGGCAGAGCUAAAGGAAUUUGUUUCUGCACUUGGCGUUUCAAGUUGUACUGUUAUUGGCCAUGAUUUGGGUGCAAUGUUGGGAUGGUAUUUUAUUCAUCAGUAUCCUGAUAUGGUGAAGAAGUUUGUAACUAUUGCCUGUCCACAUCCAAAUGUGUACUGGAAUGAACUCCCCACAGCCAGCACUUUCAAUACAAGAUGGGUGCACUUUAGCCAGCUUCCAUACUUGCCUGAAAUUGAUGCUCUGAAAGAAGAUCUCAGUAUUAUCAACCAGUGUUUCCACCACCUGCAUAAAGUGAACAGUAAAGAAACAUACGUUGAAGCUUAUAAAUAUGCUUUUUCCAGAAAAGAGGAUUGGACUGGCCCCAUCAACUAUUAUAGGAACCUUCCGUUCAGCAGAGUGAGUGAAGAAAGCAAACAGGUGAAUGUGCCCUGUCUCCUUUUGACUGGCAACAAAGAUCAGUUUGUGAAUUUGGAGAGUGUGGUGAAGUCUACAGAUUAUGUUCAGAAUUUCUCCUUGAAGAUUGUUGAUGGUGCAUGUCAUUUCCCACAUCAGGAGUCGCCAGAUACGGUGAACAAAAUGCUGCUCACUUUCCUAGUUGUUCCUGAAUUGCCUCCAGUUAAUGAAAAGCCAGUGCCGCCUAAAGGUCUGGUGAAUCGCGUGUUUGGUGCCAUGAGCUCCACGGUGAGAUAUGGCAACCAGAUGCUGGAUGUGGUCCAGAAGAAAACAAAUGGUGUUGUAAGUAGUUUGCCUACAAAAGCUCUCUAUUUUGGCCAGACACCAAGUUGAUUUGAAGAAUCUCACUUUGGAUAAGUAUGUUGUGGAUCUUAUUAACAUUAACAUGAGUGGGGUCUUCAUGCCAUUUUAAGUGUGUGUCAUCUUGUUUACACUGUUUUGUUUUCAUGUGACAUAAUGGUGGAGUCUUGACGUGUGGUUAUGUUCUCUUUAUAAUACUCAGUAUGUUAUUCUAAUAAUUGUUGUUUAUGUGAUACUUAGAUAUUUCUAAUAUUACCUUAAGAGGUCAAUACAAUUGUCUAGGCAAGUGUUACCUUGAUGUUUGAGAUCAGUAAAAAGAAAUACACAUCCAAUAAACUUUGAUGGUCCUGUCAUUUUUUUCUCAUGCUUAUACACACAGUUUUUAAUGUAUUAAUAUUUAGUUAUUACUUCCGUAACUAUUUUGUAGGACUUUGUUAACUUUACUCCAUAAUUGUAAAAAUUGUACAAGAAAAUGCAGGAAAACUCUCCACAUUAUUCUGUGUCACUAGGAUAGUCUUAAUUAACAAUGAGUAAUUUUUCUGGAAUUAUUGCUUCUCCCUGAAAUAGAAGUCUCCGCAAAAAUGAUCUUUGAUAUCAUAAUAACUAUAAAGGUAAUUAUUGUAUUAAUCAUAAUGGAUAAUAGUAUCGGUAAAAUACUGACUACUGUAAAGCAGUUUCCUGGUACUGUAAGCCUAUAUAAAGUUCCUCAGACAAGGACACCUAAAUGCAAACAGUUGUUUAAUGUUGACACAGCAGCAAAGUUUUCUUAUGCAGAGCAUUUUUGCUCUUUGGGCCAACUUGUGAGUGGUAGAAUUAAUUAAGGAUUUGAUGUCCGAGAGAUCCAAAAUUUGUAAGUACCAGAGAUGUAGCAACUCAACAUUUACUUAACAAUAUUUGAAUAUGUAGUGCACGAUGAACAAGUAGAUGUUUUAAAAGUUUAGUUUGCAUACAUUGAAUUCGUAUCAGUUUAAUGCGUAAGUAAAUACAAAUGCACUCUGACAAGAAGAUGACCAAUAAUCAUGAUUUUCAUGUUCCUUUUUUUCUGAUGGCAAAAAAAAAAUGAUUUUUUUCAGCCAUUUUAGCAUUAAUUACAUCCUCUUAAGAUGCUGUUAUAAUUAAGAAACAUUUUAUUUUGUGUAGAAAAUCACUAAGUUGUGAGUGAGGUUAGGUGUGGUUUGAUAUAUGCAUAUGGUCUGAAUUUGAAGUUGAUUUAUAAUUUCAGUUAUAACAUGAUAUUCAUCUUAAUUAUGUAUGAAACGUAAUUUGACGAGUUCUUCAGUUUUGGACUUUCAUGAGUACAUUCUUUAAUUUUGUAAUUACAAAUCCUACCAAGAAACAUGGUUCAUAAAGAGCUUACAAUCUUUAUGUCAUGCUACUUUAAGUUGCAUUGUAAGUAGAUCUGUAAAAUGUGUUUUAUCCACCCUGAACAUCCAGUUGGUUUCAGGUAAAUAUGAAAUCUGGACUAGGAUGAUGUUUUUGGAUUUGUGGAAGUUUCAGAAACUUAUGGGGUUUGCUGUGGAUUCUCAAGAGGAUGGAGAUGUGAUAUAAGGGGGUUGUAUUAAAACUAAAUAUUUUCACACUUAAUUAGAUAAAACUGUCACUGAGCUGAAGUUGGCUAUGAGCCUUCUGUAGACCACAUUGCCUUCUUGGUUGCUUACCACGUUUUUAACUGUUCUGUUAAUCAGCUCUCUAGUUAUAGUGUAUUCAAAUGACAACUUAUGUAUCCAGUUCUGACCAAAGGCAUCACGAAAAAUGCUUUUUUUCUUUAUUAGUGCCCUUUUAUUCUUCUUUUUCUACAUUAUUUUGUCCUCAGUUAUCUUCUUCCUCAACUUUUUCUUCUUCCCUUCCACCUCUUCCUACUCCUUUAUCUCGUGUUCCUUUGUUUCAUCCUGCUUCUCAUCUCCUACCUCUUCCUUCUCUUCUGGAUCCUUCAUUUCUUCCUCUGCAUCUUCCUCCUUAUCUUCUUCUUCAAUGUCCUGACUUGCACAAUUGUCCAUUCAAGGUCUGGAAGGUCUUAUCCAGUUCAGCUUGUCUUUCUGUAUGUACAUUAUUCAUUUUAUGUGAUGUAAUUGAAGAGUUGUGUCAAUCUCUAGUCAGUCAUAUAAAUAUAUGCAAAAACAUAAGUGAAUGGAAUUUUUCAGCUUCAAUAUUCUUCAAAUAUUUGUGUUCUAGAGUUUAUGCACAGUAUUUGUUCAUCAAGUGCUGUUUGACAGAUUGUUAAAAAUGAAUUAUGGUUGAGAAAAGCACAAAAACAGCGCUGUUCUAAAUGAAUAAUUGCUAGUGAAAGUUGAAGAGGCAGAAUCUUAGAGGGACACUGUAGGUAAAACAUGCUUGAGUUAACAUCGCUUCUACAAAGCAGGAAGACAAGAAAAAUUAAAGGUUUAAUAACAUAUUUGUCACUAUAGAAAGAUAAGAAUUUUAUACUCUGAAAAUGUGUGUGCAUGGCUUGUAUUUAUCUGUUUAGGAAGUAAAUGUAUCGAAAGUAAGGGAUGAAUACGGUAUGUUGUAUGCUUGUGUAAACAUCUCUGAUGCUUCUGUGAUAGGGUAACAGUGAUUUGCAUGUGUUUUGGUAGUUUGACUGAUCUGCUAAUUUCUGAAGGAAGUAUAUUUCACAAUAUUAACACUUUUCACUAGCAUCAACAUUAAUGCAUUUUAACUUUCAAAUUUCCACAUAAACUUACACUAAACUGAUUGCUUUUUUUUUGUAAUAUUAUUUGACAUUAAGUGAUAUGUAACAGUUUUGAUUAUUAAUUAACAGGAUUUUGAUGACAAAUUUGUCAAUUUGUUUCCAGUGAAAUCGCAAAUCAUUCAAAGCUUUCCCUCGAGACUACAUUCCAGAUGAACUUGGGUAAUCACCACUUAAAAAUUCUUAGUUCUUUACUAAUACAUGCUUAUUGUGCAAGAAGAAUGGAAAUAUGCCUUGGAAACAGUGACAAUACUGUGAAAACCCUGAAAUUCAGUUUUUAAUAGUGUUGUAGAAAUGACCAGCAAUUUGCAGCUCAUAUAACCCCCCCCACCCCCACCCAUUAUUCAGUCAAUUCUGUGUGUUGUCAAAAUGGUAUUAAGUGUAAGCUUUGAAACAUAUUGGUAUCACUAAUUAAAUGAAACUUGCAUAUGAACUUAAUUUGUCAGUAAGAAAUAGAGUGGAGUACCUUCAAUAACAUACCAUUAAUUAUUAAGAAAUGUGGUGCCAUAGGCUAGAUUAUUUAACACCUUUCCUACAUAUAUACAUUGUGUGUCUGGCCCUAAAUGUCAAUGAAAUAAAAUAUCAUGUAGCUUUCAUCAGGAAGUAUGAGGGAGAAAUUAAUACAUCAUCAAAGACUGCACCUCACAAGAUUUCUUAUGUGCUCAGUAGAUCUCAAUAUGGACACCAUUAGUGAUACCACAUAUUGGUGAGCAUUCAUUGGUGACACAUUCUGUGUCUCUAACUGUUCUUUCACACAACUCAUCCACGUUUUGCUCCUGUGUCUUACAAACCUGCAGUAGAGUAGAGUCUAAGAUAAUAAUGUGGGGAAGAAAGAGGCCAGGGAAUUGGGCUGCCUCUUCCUUUCCAGUGGUCAGGAAAAGGCAUGAACACAAUGGGAGAAGUGAGAUGGUGCACAACCGAACUUGAAAACUGUUCCUGUAGGAAUGAUGCAAAGCAAUUUCCUCUGUCAUAGCUAAGAACUUAUUACUGGCCACCAAAUGUUCUUCAAAAUGCAAAGGACUGUUCAUGUUUUUCAUCACAGCAUACCACAUGUUGACCGCUGGUAAAUAACACAUCAUGUUCAGUACAUUAUCACAUUUCUCACUCCCUAAUACAUUACAUUUGACUUGUAGGUGUACAGAAUGUUGCUUCAUAAGAAGAACAUUCUGUUGACACAGGUCUCGUCCUCUUCGGAGCAGGAAAGCAUUUCUAAUGGAAACUGAAACUAGUAAGCACACAAUUUUAGUCUUUUGUGCAAAACCACAUGCACAGUUGAGCAAGGCAGGCCUAAUUCCAGAUUUGCUUGGCAAAGAGACUUCCAGUGGGGUCCCUGAAACGUUUUGUGUAUGCAUUUAGCAUUGUCCAUUGACCCUGUAUGGCACGGAGGACCAUAUUGUCACAGAACACAUCUUGCCUGUUUCACAUGCUUGUCUCAGUGGAUCAGAAAUCUGUAUAUUGGUCGUGCUUGGUUUGAAUACACUUCAAUGAACAUCAUUCGAAGAAGAGUGUAAAUUUAAACUCUGUGUCAAGCAUAGAAUAAUCCACUUCCUGCUACACUGAGUAUAUCUAUCAGUCCAUCAGAUUGGACAUUUACACAACAGCGUCGCGCAUGAAAUAGUAUCAAAUAUUAAAUAAUAACAUACAACAUAACAACCAUUGUGUAUAUAAUAUGUCUGUAUAAAUAUUACAUAUAUUACGAUUACAACUGCCAACUUCCAAAUACCAUCAUGUAUAUGAAAACUUGGAGAGAGUUAUCACAUUACAUGAAAAUGUCCACAGCUUAAUGUCUGCUUAAUUUUGUGUACAUUAUAUUUUAUUUUGUUGAUAUGUAGGAUUGGACAUUCUGUAUGUGCUCAGUGUUUUCUGUAAUAGAGAUGCUAAGUCAUUACAGUCAGGCUCAAGACAAAAAAUUAUGCAGUGAAUUAUUUUUAUAUCCCCUAAAUAUGAAUAAUAUAGAUAUAUUUUUAUAAUAACUGUUAUAUUUUGAUGAGCUUUUGGUGUUAUGUUUGUAUUUAUUUUUAAUGUUUUAAGGAAAUUAGUUAAAUAAAGUAACUAUAUAUUUUAUGGA